AUGCGUGAAGUCGCAUGGGUUGUCUUUGAUGAAAUUCAUUAUAUGAGAGAUAAAUCCAGAGGUGUGGUUUGGGAAGAAACGAUCAUCUUGUUACCAGACAAGGUCAGAUAUGUCUUUUUGUCUGCGACUAUUCCCAAUGCUAUGCAAUUUGCUGAAUGGAUCACGAAAACUCACAACCAGCCAUGUCACAUUGUUUACACCGAUUUCCGACCUACCCCUCUACAACACUACUUCUUCCCAGCUGGUGCAGAUGGUAUACAUUUGAUUGUUGAUGAGAAGGGAAACUUCAGGGAGGAUAACUUUUCAAAGGCCAUGGCAACAAUAGAGGAUAAGAAAGGGGCUGAUCCAGCAGACAUCAACGCGAAACAGAAGGGACGUGGCAAAGACAAGAAGACCAAUAAGGGUGCCAACAAGGAAGGUUCUGAUAUUUACAAGAUUGUCAGAAUGAUCAUGUUGAAGCAUUACAAUCCUGUUAUUGUUUUCAGUUUCAGUAAAAGAGAGUGCGAGGCAUAUGCAUUACAGAUGAGCUCCAUGGCUUUUAACGAUCAAUCCGAAAAAGACAUGGUUUCAAAGGUCUUCGAGAGUGCAAUCGAGUCUCUCUCGGAAGAGGAUAGGACCCUACCGCAAAUUCAACACAUCUUGCCAUUGUUGAGACGUGGUAUCGGUGUGCAUCAUUCUGGACUUCUUCCUAUUCUCAAGGAAACCAUCGAAAUCUUGUUCCAGGAAAAUUUGAUCAAGGUUCUUUUUGCUACAGAAACUUUCUCCAUUGGUCUGAAUAUGCCUGCCAAGACUGUAGUAUUCACUAGCGUUGAGAAGUUUGAUGGUGAGAAGAUGCGAUACCUGACGCCAUCUGAGUUCGUGCAAAUGUCAGGUCGUGCCGGUCGUCGUGGUCUUGAUGAUAGAGGUAUUGUCAUUAUGAUGAUCAACGACAAAAUGGAGCCAGAGAGUGCCAAGACAAUUGUACGUGGAGAGCAGGACAAGCUCAAUUCAGCUUUCUACCUUGGUUAUAACAUGAUUCUUAACUUGAUGCGUCUGGAAGGAAUCUCACCAGAAUUUAUGUUGGAACAUUGUUUCUACCAAUUCCAGAACACUUCGAGUGUUACUGGUCUCGAAAAGGAACUUCAAGACUUGCAAAUUGCGAGGGAUGAAGUUCAAAUUCCAGAUGAGGCAUCAAUUAAGGAUUACUUCGAUCUUCGACAACAGCUUACCACAUAUACCAAGGACAUGCGUGAUGUUAUUAAUCACCCUAACUACUGUCUUCAAUUCAUGCAACCAGGACGGGUUGUUCACAUCAAACAUCAAGAUCAUGAUUUCGGCUGGGGAGCAGUUGUGAAGUUUACAGCAAGACGACCUCCUAAAGGACCUGCUCAAGAAUUUCCUCCACAACAAGCAUUCAUCCUUGAUGUGCUUCUGCAAGUUUCUUCGGACAGUACAGUUACUACACAAACACAAAACGACCUACCGUUAGGCAUCACACCACCUGGUGCAGGCGACAAAGGCAAGAUGGAAAUUGUUCCUGUACUUUUAUCAUGUGUUGAAGCCAUUGGACAUGUCCGUAUAUUCCUUCCGAAGGAUCUUCACCCAGCCAAUGAACGAAAUCAAGUACGCAAGUCUCUCGAGGAAGUCAAACGUCGUUUCCCAGAUGGUAUCGCAGUGCUUGACCCAAUCGAGAAUAUGGGCAUUACAGAUGAUUCCUUCAAGAGACUUCUUCGCAAGAUUGAAGUUCUUGAAUCUCGUCUACUCUCCAACCCCCUCCACAACUCACCCCGUCUUCCAGAUCUCUAUAAUCAAUAUGCUGGUAAACUCGAAUUUACCAAACAAAUCAAAGAGAAGCGCAAGGCCAUUGCUUCCGCAUUGAGCAUCAUGCAACUCGAUGAGCUUAAGUCACGCAAACGUGUUCUACGUCGUCUCGGCUUCAUCAACGAACAAGAAGUCGUCGAACUAAAGGCUCGUGUUGCAUGUGAAAUCUCAUCCACAGGCGAUGGCCAUGAACUUCUUCUUUCCGAACUUCUUUUCAAUGGUUAUUUCAACGAUUUGACUCCGGAAAUGUGCGCAGCCGUUCUGUCGGUUUUCAUCUUUGAAGAAAAGAGUAUUUGUCCUCCACUCAAAGAGGAAUUGGCUGCUAAAUACAGAGAAAUUCAAGCUCAAGCUAGGAUCGUCGCUAAGGUUACCGCGGAGAGUAAAUUAAAGAUGAAUGAGGAAGAAUACGGAAGAGUUUUUGCGGAGAUCUGUAAAAUGACCGACGUCUACGAAGGAUCUCUGAUCCGACUCUUCCGUCGACUUGAAGAACUCCUCCGACAAAUGGCUCAAGCAGGAAAAGUCAUGGGCUCAGAUGACAUUUCGAAUAAAUUCGACGAGUCGCUUAAGAAAAUUAGGAGAGAUAUCGUUGCGGCGCAAAGUUUGUAUUUGUAGACUCGUUUCGUCGUACUCAUUUCAUUACGCAAAUACUCUGUGGAAACAUAGAUGGUGUUUGGAAAUGGACAGAAAUGGGAUACUCUCUUCAGUGGCAGCUUUCAGCUUCUAGCUUUGGGAGUCGAAAGAGAAGUGAAGAUAAGAGAUGAGAUGAGACGAUCCCCUCGUUACAUUUUAAUUCGAUUGUUGGGUGUGUAAGACGGUGGAUGCGUUUCCUUUUCCGUUUUCCGUUUUCCGCUUUCCUACGGGUUUUGUGAAUCGAGUCCAGAAUUCUGAAUACCGAAUUUCGUAUUCCGUAUUACGAAUGUUUCAUCGCAGUGGAGUAUGGAUUUUUUUCUUUUCCUUUUUGGUUUUUCUUAUCUCAAAUAAAAAUGCAUCCAUGUAUGGUGAAUGGAGUAUCUAUGCUUUUUUGGCCUUUUUCAUUUACACUGGAGACUUUUCCGUUGGUAGAGUUGUUGGA